AACACUUUGAAGAAUCUGAAGUGUAUUACUUCUUCCCAUGCUUUUCAAUUGGUUAAAGAUCAGAUGGAUAAAUCGAAAUCAGAAGUUCUGGAGUAUCAGGCCUUAUAUGAGAAACUACAGGUUGAGAAGGAUAAUCUUGUCUGGAGGGAGAGGGAGUGGUACAUUAAAAAUGAUUUAGCAGAUAUUUUUCAAAGGUCUGCAGCAGUUUCAGAUUUUAGAGUGGCUGAUAUACGCACUGAGAUACAGAAAAAGAUAGAGGAAAGAAAUAUGAUUGAAAAUAAGCUGAAAGAGGAAGCAAGAGAACCGGGAAGGAAACAAAUCAUUGCUGAAUUUAAAUCUCUGGUUUCUUCAUUUCCUGAAGAAAUGGGGUCUAUGCAAAGUCAAAUAAGAAAAUAUAAAGAAUCAGCUUCGGAUAUUCAUUCUCUGCGUGCAGAUGUGCAGUCUGUUUCUAGUAUUCUUGACAGGAAGGUAAAAGAAUGUGAUGCAUUUUCUGUCAGGUCUGCUGGUCAACUUGCUGAGAUAAAGAGGCUGCUUGGUGUGCUUCAAGAUUUGAGAGAGAGUGAGCAGGACUUGAAGUUGAUAUUGGAAAUGUUUAGACGUGAGUCCAUUGAUUCAAGGGAUGUCAUGGAAGCACGAGAAGCAGAAUACAGAGCUUGGGCACAUGUCCAGAGUUUGAAAUCAUCUCUUGAUGAGCACACCUUAGAACUUCGAGUUAAGACGGCCAAUGAAGCAGAGGCCAGAUCUCAACAAAGACUAGCUGCUGCUGAAGCUGAGAUAGCAGACAUGAGGCAGAAAUUGGAAGAUUCUAAAAGGCAAAUGUGUGAUCUGUCUGAUGUCUUGAAAUCUAAGAACAAACAAAAUGAGAACUAUUUAUCUGAAAUAGAGAGUAUUGGACAAGCAUAUGAUGACAUGCAAACUCAAAAUCAACAUCUGUUGCAGCAGAUUACCGAAAGAGAUGAUUACAAUAUUAAGCUUGUAUUGGAGGGUGUGAGGGCAAGACAGAAGCAAGAUUCUCUGCUCAUAGAAAAGCGUGUAAUUGAACAAGAGAUCCAGCAAGCAAACAUAUCCCUGAAUUUAUAUGAUAUGAAAGCUUUAAGAAUUGAAGACCAGUUGAAGUUUUGUUCAGAUCAGUUUCAAAGACUUGCAGAGGAUAAACUUCAAAGUUCUGUCACUUUGGAAAAUACACAAAGAAGGCUGUCUGAUGUUAGAAGACAAUCUCAACAGGUUAGGGAUACAGUGGUGGAAUUGCAAUCUAAAAUUGGUAGUAAUCGAGUGACACGUAUGGAGUUACAAGUAGAACUUGAGAAAGAAAGGUUUGCCAAGAAGAGAGCAGAGGAGGAUCUGGAGGUUGCUAGGAGAAAGUUCUCACACCUAAAAGAACAGAAUGAGGGCUCUUCAAUUACUGAAAAGCUUCAACAGGAACUUGAAGAGUACAGGGAAAUUAUCAAGUGCAGUAUCUGCCAAGACAGGGCAAAAGAGGUGGUAAUUACAAAAUGCUACCACUUGUUCUGCUAUUCAUGUAUCCAGAAAGUUGCUGGGAGUAGGCAUCGCAAAUGUCCACAGUGUGCUACUAGCUUUGGGGCUAAUGAUGUUAAGUCUGUUUAUUUGUAACUAGAAACUUGGGUCUCUCCCACAUGUUGAGAAGAGGCCGGUGUUCUAAAAAAAGAUCUGGUGUAUGGAUACCUACAUGGUUCAAUUAUAUGCUUAGUGCCAACUGUCGAGAUAAGGAACAUUGGCAGCGAUCAAUGAAUGCCUGUCUCCAUUUGGAUCAAAAACGAUUAUUUUUGCUGGUACUUAAUCUUAGUACUACGCAUUUUUGAAUCUGGGAUGAUGUUUAGUUUAACAUUUUGAAAAGAAAGAACUUGAAGCCAUAGGAAACGUGAUAUUUGUUCUUUGCAGAUUUAUCAUAGUACAUCUUCCAAUGCUAUUUGGAGAGGUCAUGAAGGAUUGUCUUUGACCGGGCAAAUAAUUUUCAAAUUAUUCUAAAGCCUGAAUUGGCCAUCAUGGAAAAUUUCCUUGGAAGUUGACCCUAAAGGUGGCAACGACAAUGUCUUGCAUCUGUAUCUGUUUUCUGCUGAAAUGACAGAAGUACAAUUUUUGGUUUCAGGGGAUUGUAUAUAUGUUAGAUUUUGAAGUGGUCGUUCAAUUUUGUUCAUAAACAGCAUGUAAUUUGUGUAAUCGUAGAUGAUAUGCCGAGAUACCAUUGUAAUUGAUGUUGUGAAAAGUCAUGAAAGCUCGAUUUUAUCAUUUAUUCAAUUUAUUUGUGUUGCCUAUGA